CAGAGCACAUAUUGCAGACCAGUAGUAGCAAGCAAUCCAUCAAAGCAGAGCACAUAUGACCAUCUCAAAAGCUUUGAUCCUUAGCAUCCUCGGGUGCCUCUGCUUCUGUAGUUCGGUCCUAGCAGCUCGGGAGCUCAACGAUGACUUGUCAAUGGUUGUAAGGCAUGAGAGCUGGAUGGUGCAGUACAACCGUGUGUACAAGGACACUACUGAGAAGGCACAUCGAUUUGAGGUGUUCAAGGCCAAUGUCGGGUUCAUCAAGUCAUUUAAUACCGAGAACCGCAAGUUCUAUUUGGGCAUCAAUCAGUUCACCGACCUAACCAACGAGGAGUUCAAGGCAACAAAGGCUAACAAGGGGUACAAACCAAGCUUGGAGAGGGUGCCUACCGGAUUCAGGUAUGAGAAUGUAAGUCUCGAUGCACUUCCGGAAACCAUAGACUGGAGGACCAAAGGUGCAGUUACUCCCAUCAAGGAUCAGGGCCAAUGUGGUUGUUGUUGGGCGUUUUCUGCUGUCGCUGCUACGGAGGGCAUCGUUAAGCUGAAAACUGGCAAGCUAAUCUCACUGUCGGAGCAAGAGUUGGUGGAUUGUGAUGUCCAUGGUGAAGACCAAGGUUGUGAAGGAGGGCUCAUGGACGAUGCCUUUAAAUUCAUUAUCAAAAAUGGCGGUCUCACCACUGAGUCCAACUACCCAUAUACCGCGGCAGAUGACAAGUGCAAGAGUGGAACCAAUGGUGCCGCAACCAUCAAAAGUUAUGAGGAUGUUCCAGCCAACAACGAGGGAGCCCUCAUGCAAGCCGUCGCAAGUCAACCCGUCUCGGUAGCUGUAGAUGGAGGAGAUAUGACGUUCCAGUUUUACAAAGGUGGAGUGAUGACUGGCUCAUGUGGCACUGACCUAGACCAUGGUAUUGCAGCUAUUGGUUAUGGCAAGACCAGCGACGACACAAAGUAUUGGUUGUUGAAGAAUUCAUGGGGAACAACAUGGGGCGAGAACGGAUAUUUAAGAAUGGAGAAGGACAUUACCGACAAGAGAGGCAUGUGUGGCCUUGCGAUGGAGCCUUCUUACCCCACUGCAUAG